UGCAUUUUGCAUUUGCAUUCAACUUCAGUAUUCGUCAGUCACAGGCCGAAUAAACAUGGCGGCGAUCGAGGUUGAGCUUCCUAAAGCGGAGUCCGCAAUGCGAACUCUGAAGUUGUCGGGGCACGUCGGGUUCGACAGCCUUCCGGAUCAGCUGGUGAACAAAAGCGUGCAGAAUGGAUUCGUAUUCAACAUCCUUUGCAUUGGUGAGACUGGUCUCGGUAAAUCAACACUCAUGGACUCUUUGUUCAACACCAACUUUGAGUCAUCCCCAAGCCCACAUAACCUGCCCACAGUCAAGUUGAAGGCACACACAUAUGAGUUGCAAGAAAGCAGCGUUAGAUUAAAGCUGACAAUCUGUGACACUGUGGGCUACGGGGACCAAGUGAACAAGGAGGACAGCUUCAAGGCGGUGGUGGACUACAUAGAUGCACAGUUUGAGGCGUACCUGCAGGAGGAGUUGAAGAUCAAGCGCUCCCUCCCAACUUACCAUGACAGCCGUCUACAUGUCUGUCUGUACUUCAUCUGUCCAACAGGGCAUGGUCUAAAGUCAAUAGACUUGGUGUGCAUGAAGAAAUUAGACACGAAGGUGAACAUCAUACCGAUCAUAGCGAAGGCUGACACCAUCUCCAAGACGGAGCUGCAGAAGUUCAAGAGUAAGAUAAUGCAGGAGCUGCAGGCGAACGGCGUGGAGAUCUACCAGUUCCCGGUGGACGACGAGUCGGUGUCGGAGGUGAACGGCGCCAUGAACUCGCACAUCCCCUUCGCCGUCGUCGGCAGCACCGACUUCGUGAAGCUCGGCAACAAGACGGUGCGCGCGCGCCAGUACCCCUGGGGCACCGUGCAAGUGGAGAACGAGUCGCACUGCGACUUCGUGAAGCUGCGCGAGAUGCUGAUCCGCACCAACAUGGAGGACAUGCGCGAGAAGACGCACGCGCGCCACUACGAGCUGUACCGCCGCCGCCGCCUGCAGCAGAUGGGCUUCAGCGACGUGGACGCCGACAACAAGCCCGUCUCCUUCCAGCAGACCUUCGAGCAGAAGCGCAGCGCGCACCUCGCCGACCUGCAGCACAAGGAGGACGACAUGCGCCAGAUGUUCGUGCAGCGCGUCAAGGAGAAGGAGGCCGAGCUCAAGGAGGCCGAGAAGGAGCUGCACGCGAAAUUCGACAAGCUGAAGAAGGACCACACGGAGGAGAAGAAGCGUCUGGAGGAGAUGCGCAAGAAGAUAGAGGAGGAGACGAUCGAGUUCAACCGCCGCAAGCAGCAGAGCGCGCAGGCGCACCACACCCUCACCCUCGGCAAGAGCAAGAAGAAGUAGUCUCUCUCUCUCUCUCUCUUACACACAUAGAACGACACCAACAACACAUACGAUUACACAGUGUAGCCAAUGCUAUGGCAAUUGUCGUGUUUUACGGCUUUCGAGACAUCAUAUUAUAAAAUCUAAGGCCUACUACGGCUGCAACCGCAGCCGAAACAGAUACAACGGCUUUUUGCGAUCUACGAUUCAUUGUUAUUCUAUAAUAAAUUAUGAUCAUUUGAUAUUUAAUAAAACAUAAUACGGUAAGUAUUUUAAUUGGCAACACUGCGACAGAUAAUAUACAAUUGGGCGCGUCGCGUGUCCAGCUCUGACAUGAGAAAUAAAACAUUAAAUGCAUUAUUAAAUUGAUAUAAACGAAAUUAUUUCGCUGACGAUGCAGUUAUCUAAACAGAAUUAACGAUUUUCUAUAGUUUAAUUUAACACUUGAUCCAAUAAACAUCGACAUAAAGUUUUUUAGCUAUAAAACUAUUAAAUAUUAUAAAAGUGUAAAGUUUUUAAAUUAAUUUUGUUCUGAAAUAAUUCAAAAUCAACACAUUGCAAUAUAUUUAAAUCAAGUGCACUUUUGUAAUCGUUAUAUCUGAAUAAUAAUCUCAUAUUGCAUUAUUAUUAAUUUAUAUAAUAGAAUUAAGAUUUAUUUUAAACAAUAUCCACGACAUUAGAAUAAAGAAUUCCACUCGAUUUAGUUGACUAUUGAAGUGUUUUGAAAUCAUUAAAUUUAUAUCGAAUUUAUUUUAAGUUUUCAUUAAAAUGACAUUUAUUUAAAGACAUAAGGCCUUCACAAAUAAACGCGGUAUAAAAAUGUGUACUAAACACAUUUUUAUAUAUCGUUUAUUUGCUUAUUCUGGGUUUAUUCCCAAGUUUAACUUUAUGCCGCGUUUAUUUGUGAGGUUGUUAAGAUUACUUUUCAAAUGAUGUUCCCACGAUUUAUUAAAACUUGAAUUGGAGAAAAAUGUAUAUUUCCUAACUGGACCAAUUUUUAAUAUCUCAACAUAUUCCCAAAUAAUUGUUUAUUUUCUUGUGAUAAAAUAAACAUUGAAUAUUAAAAUUGUUUUGUAUUUUGUGGGAAUGUCAACUUGCCUAAGCUUUUAAAAUGCUUUUAUAUCUAGUGUUUUUAGAGUGUUAUAUUUGAUAUUAAUUACAUUUUUGCAUUUAUAUGAACAAAUGCACAUUCUGAACACUUCUCUAUUUCACCGACAAGCAAAAUUCUUUUAAAAAGUGUUUAAAAAUUGUAAAAUAAAUAAAAAUGCCAAAUGAUUAGAUUUUAAUACAUUAAGUGAAGAGUUAAUUUUAAGUUAUGUAUUUGAAGCUGAUGUGCUUUUACAAUAUCAAUUGACAUCGGAACAGUAUUUAUUCAUUCCUUUUUCUUUGUAUUGUUUAUAUUUAGUAUUAGAUAAGUGUAUUUUAAUAAAAAUCUAUUACGUCUA